AUGUCGAAACAGCCAGUUUCCAAUGUCAGAGCCAUCCAGGCAAAUAUCAAUAUUCCAAUGGGAGCCUUUCGGCCAGGAGCUGGGCAACCCCCCAGAAAAAAAGAAUGUACUCCGGAAACGGAGGAGGGUGCUCCUCCCACCUCAGAUGAGGAGAAGAAGCCAAUUCCAGGAGCAAAGAAACUUCCAGGACCUGCAGUCAACCUAUCAGAGAUCCAGAAUAUUAAAAGUGAACUGAAAUAUGUCCCCAAAGCUGAACAGUAGUUGGAAGAAAAAAGGCUUGAUGUGAAGAAUUAAAGAGGAAGAAUGGAUUCAAAUGAAGAUAGCUCGC